AUGUCUUUUUUUGUUUUGGCGAUAAUAACUUCUGGGAGGGUUAAUCCCAGACGGAAUUCCUUCGUUCCCUUUCUCAAAGGCGAAGAUAUCGAUUUCGAACAAAAAGGGAAUCUCGAGUACAAGCCAAGGAGAAAGACUGCCAUCUCAGGCAUACCAUCGACAGAAGUCGCUAACGCAAAGAGGAAGAAGAGCUACUUCCAUCAUUCCAAUAGUAACAAGGUAAACCGAACCCAAGUGAAGUUAAGCCGAGUCCUUUUCUUCCCCACUGCUUCGAAGCCGGAGGCAGACACGUGGGGUUCACUGGAAGGGAGAGUGGCGGGAAUUCAUUUUGGCAAUCCACACCGGUCAAGGGCCAUUGGGAGACUACUAAGGAGAAAGUCUUCAGCAGAAGACUCACAAAGGGAUACUGACAAGGCCAAAAACAAAAUUAGGAUUCGGGUGCUCUUGCCGAGGAAGAAUGGAAUGAUUCUUGCCACUUUUUAUUCCCUUAUGCCGAUGCUGACUCUGAUCGCCUUGAAUACUAUCCUUUCCUUAGGAAUAGCAGGAAAGAUCAGAUCCAUGAAGACUAUGGGUCAGGGGUCAGGAUAUUUAGUUAAACCCGCCCCAGUCUUUAACCUGGGAAUAAAAUAUUUAAAAAAGAUCCUCCCGGAAAAGCUUGAACGUGUCGAGCAGAAGUCUUUCCAAAGCCAACAAUUCAAGGAAUUGGAUUUCUUUCAUGCCUUACUUUCAAAGGUUGGGUUCUCUCUGGGCGGUCGAGCCCUAUCCUUUGCUCUAAGAGGGUUGGGCUGCUCAGCAGGGCUUGCCUUGACUGUAGACUUUACUUUACGAGCGCUGCUCACAUACCAAAACCAUAUGAUGCCUCUCGGCGAGGGGACAUCAGGCUCUGAGUCUCCGGCAUCUCAGUCGGACUCCCCAUGCCUCCUCGGAAACGGAUUCGUACGGAUCUCCACCACAAUCCGUCUCGUCCCCUGGGAGCGUCACCGCUGCGGAGGUAGAAAGUCACACGCGGGAUGA